AUGCCACCCGCUCUACUUACGGGAAACAAGUUCACUAUUCCUAAUAGUACGGUGUGCCUAUGUACGAGUUCCACUUGUUCAAAGGGUUUACAGACAAUACAGUGCGAGUAUGGGUGCUGCGGGAGUGACUUAGGCACGUACUGCUGCGCAAUCUCCACGAGCGUGUUGGUGGUCGCGUGCGUUGUAAGCGCGCUGGUGCUAAUCGCCGUCAUCGCUGCCCUCGUGAUCUGCAUCUACAAGCACUGCAAGGACAAGGAGCAGACGAGAGUGCGCCAGCUGAGACUGCAGGAGCAAGAAAAUGUCAUCCGUCGAGUGUUUGAACCACCUAAACCACCAGAGUACGUACUGUCUCCCCCUGAGUAUAGCGAAGAAAUGCCCGAAUCUCACUUCCGACCACCUACCGUUUCCGGUCGUGCUCCCGCCAAUAGACGUUUCCGCGCUACGCCAUUCCCAAGCCGCGCGGCCGACUAUAAUGAAGGUAUGGUACCCGGCGAGGUAGCAAUUACAUAUCAGUCCGGCCAACACCCAAGCUCAUACGAGUCCAGACAACACCGCAGCAGACGCAAUGGAAACGCCGGAAUAACGAAUGUUGACAUGCCUCCGCCGUAUUCGGAGUUUGUGCUAGGCCAGAUUCCGUCGAAUAGGCGAAACCAUCGGCGGUUUAUCAGAACACCGCCUGCCGAAGAAUCCGAAGAAUCCCGGAACGAAACGAAUCAAGGAACAUUAUCAGACAUUAACAUGGUAAUUAAUAAUGGCCGACAUGGAAGUGCCCGCGAGGACCACGCUGCAGCCAUUGCCACAGCACCCAGUGAUUCACAGAGCAGUGAGAGCACGCACGAAAUCGAGCCACGCGUAGAAUCUCGAGCGGAGACUGUGCUGAGGAUACUGCGACCGUCGCGCAUUCCGACGCGCAUUGAAGGGAUGCCCCCGGCGAAUUAUCGAAGAGAUGCCACUGCGCAAUCACGUACUUUGGGUACAGAGUCCAGGCAGAGCCGCACUCUGGGCCCACCCGGCUUCCUCCUGGCACGUGUCGGAAGUAUUGAAGAGGAUGAUGACAUCGAACAUCUGGACAUUGUUUAAACAUGCCUAUGUAAUUAAGAUGAUUUCUUAUUGCAAGUUUGAUCUCAGAACCCGUGCGUGUCUUAUUUAUUUUAGACUUCUUCUGAGAAAACUGGGCUUAAUGCAUGUGCGUAAAGUGUCAUCCCAGAUUAUCCUGAGCAGUCCGCACAGGCUAAUCGGGGACGAUACUUUCCGCCUAAACUUGAUUUUCGGUAAGGAGGGACUUUCUUUAAACUGAAUAUACCAUAAAAGCAGAAAGUGUCGUCCCUGAUUAGCCUGUGCAGACUGCACAGGCUUAUCUGGGACGACACUUUACGCACAAGUAUUAUGCCCAGUUUUCUCAGAACGCGACUCAUUUGUCCAGUGUGUCUGGAAAUUAUCAAUCUCGCCGUGAGGCUAAUGCCAAAGCAAGAAGGAAUAUUUAUUAUUUCCAGUCUGUUUUGUUCCAAAAUGAAAAUACAAAAGGAAGCUCGUGAACAAUAAGUC